UUUGCUUCUGCUCGGGAGAGCGCGCGGAGCUGAGCUCUCUGGAACACACCCUGCUAGAAGUGAAGGAUCUCAGGUCUGUUCAGAAGAUCUACAGCUACUGUUGAGGUGAGUGUCUCAUCUUUCUCUCGUUGUGUUGAUGCCGUUGAUCUGUCCCGGCAUCUUUAAUGCUGUGCUGAACUCAUUUUGAUGGUUGUAUUUAAGGCAGGGGCUAUUUGCACUCAGUGUAAAUAACAUUUAAUUGCUAUUUACACUAAGUGCAAAUAGCAUAUUUUUUUUAGCGAUAUGCUAUUUACACUAAGUGUAAAUAGCAGAAAAUCUUGCUAAUUUAACAGUGUAAAUAGAAUCCAUCGCUAUUUAUACUACUUAUUGCAAAUAGUGGCAAUUAUCUGUACCUCAGUAUUGUAGUACAUUAUAAAACAGUACGUAUUAAUAACGUAUUGAUUGCAAAUUAUAGAUUUAAUUCCAAUUAUUAAAUGCAUGCCACCUUAUUGGGACAAUAAAGCCCUCCCUACAACUACCCUAACCCUACCCGAUACUCUUAUUUUCAACUUUUUGAUUAUUUCCUUAAUUUUUAUUGAAAUUAAAUGCCUUUCUGAUGCGAUAUGAGAUUUGAAAAGGGAGGGAAAAAAGUUGGGCUCGAACUCGGGUCGAUCGCGUCAGACAGCAUGUGUCUUACUAACUGCGCCACUGAAACCGAUGCUAAAGCAGUGUUGACGAACGCAAUCACACGUUAUAAUGGGCGGAGUUAGUGUAAAUAACCUUUGCCAACAAGACGGACUUAGUUUGCACUUAGUUUGACGUUCGUUUAUUUUCGCCAAUUAAACAAAUACUUGUAUCUCGGCCUUCUUUAUCCAGCUUUCAGAUGGUGUAUAAACGAAAAAUUGACCCUUAUGACUGGUCACACUGAACGGCACAGACUGUACCAAGUACGAUUUCAAUUGAGCAGUGUAACUUUAAUUUGUUUAUUAUUAUUUAUUAUUUUAUUUUGAUAAUGAACAGACUGCGAUGUCAAGUUAGCAAAAAUAUGCAAUCAAAAAAUGUUUUGGUCUAAAGUGAAACUUUAUGUAUUUCAAUUACACACAAAUUUUCCAUCCAUUUAGAUUACAUUGUUUCAACAUAAACAAAUUAAUAAACUGAAUGUGAUUCAUAUGCAUCAGUCAUACGUGAAUGAAACAGGUAAGGUUUAUUCAGGUAAGUCCCCACACUGCUCAGUGUUCAUGUGUUUCCACAGUAGUAAUGAAUAGCCCUUGUGUUUCUCUUUCCUUCGGUGAUUCUGCUUGACAACAGUAGCUGUGUUCCAGUCCAUUUGGUUUAUGCCCUUCACUCGCCAACUUCCCUCCGUCUUGUUUACUCGGAUGUACGUCAUUGAUUGCGUUGCAUGAGUGCACACUUCUGGCAGAACCCUUGGAACGCCCUGAGCCCUUGAUCGCUUAGAAUCCGCUGUACAGUUGGGUUACUGUUUACAUUUUUCCCCUUACGAAUUUGUGUAUAUAUGUAUAUAGGUAUGCUUGGCCUGUUAAAAAAGAUAUAUUAUAGAGUUGUUUGGGGCAUAAAUUAAACUCGAUCUGCGAUGAAGUCACAAUCAUGUUGCUGGAGCGGCCCGAAGUGUGCAUAUGAAGCAGACUCGCUCCCUCGCUCAAAAUCGAGGGUCUGUCCAUAUAAACCUCCCUCGUCCACUUCACGAAGUGGAACGGACUUCAGAAUGGCAUGGACUCCCUCGAGGGGAAGUUCACGAGUGCGUGUCUAAAAGUGGAGUGGAACACAGCCAAGAACUACAACUGACUUCAACCAAAGAUGAAACCAACUGAAAUAAAAGAAAGCAUUAUAUCUGACUAAACAACUCCACAAACAGCAUCAGACUGACCAGACUGACUUUAUUCCUGUCAGACGUCUAGAGAAGCUCUUAUUGAGAAUUAACAGAGGUUUAGAUGCUUUAUUGUUUCAUUUGAAAUCACCAUCAAAGAGACCAGUGUUUCCUUUUUGUUGGGCUCUUGACAUUUUGGUGUUUGUAUUGCUCUGGAUGCUUUAACUGUGUGUUCAUAUAAAACACAUUUAACUUAGCUAGCAAAGCCAAGAAAAAAUAAACUUUUCCUCAUAGCCUCAUCAUAAGUCUUGCAGGAUACCUAAAAAAUAUAAAAUAUGUUUAGUAAAAGAAAAUAUUUAAUUGGAUAGGUGGAACAAUACAAAAAUGGACAAUAAAACAUUACAACAACCUUCUGAACUUAUCUUCACAGGUUAUAAAUGGUAACAUGAGUUUAGCCAGUCUAGUGUGUAGAAUACUAUAGAAAAGAGGAAACAUUAUCUGAGAAAAAUUACAGUAUGAAUAUAGUUUUGACAUUAUUAGUUUUACACAUCAUUAUGAAUAAUCAGUAGGGAUAUCUGUAUCGGGCCUGAUACUGUGCUCUUGUACAAAUGUCCCGAUACCACACAGCGUGAUAAUUAAGUGCCUUAUUCAGACAAAGAAUCACCGAUAACAGAACAGCAGAAUAGAGUUAAUAGAGAUUAAGGAUGUCUAUGAAGUAUGUGAUUAAUAUAAUGUUAAACGCUUUAAUAUUAUCGCCUGUGAUGUGCGUGAGCUGAUAAGCGAAGCACGCUGAUGAACAUGUGCAGGCUUGUCGAGUGAAUAUCUCUUUCUCACAGACCUGACUGAAAAUGUCAAACGCAAGUAAGAAAACGAUGCACAAGUUACUAAAGAUAGGCUACGUGACGGUGUGCAUCACAGCACAGAGACCGCUUAUUAAGAUAAUAAAUGAUAUUCGCUUCAAUUCUGAUUCUGGCAAAAUAUCAGUUCUGGUACUACUAGAUCUUAGUGCUGCGUUUGGAAGCCAGUGUACAUCUCUAGAAGUAUGUUAUGAUCAACAGUGUCAGUUACAUUUAGGAUUGAUUUUAAAGUACUUUUACUCGUUUAUAAAUCUCUAAAUGGCAUAGGACCUAAAUACAUUGGAGAUAUGCUCACUGAAUAUAAACCUAACAGACCACUCAGAUCAUUAGGAUCGAGUCAGUUAGAAAUACCAAGGGUUCACUCAAAACAAGGGGAGUCUGCUUUUAGCUAUUAUGCCGGCCGCAGCUGGAACCAGCUUCCAGAAGAGAUCAGAUGUGCUAAAACAUUAGCCACAUUUAAAUCCAGACUCAAAACUCAUCUGUUUAGCUGUGCAUCUGUUGAAUGAGCACUGUGCUACGUCCGAACUGAUUGCACUGUAUAAUCACUUUCUAUUCUUAAAUGUUUUAAAUUCUUUUUAAAUCAAUUUUUGUAUAAUUUUGUUUUUAUUGUUGUGAUUAUAAUUUUUUUUAAAUUCCUUGUUUUUAUUGUUGUUAUUUUUAACGACUAUUUCACGUCCUUUUAUGUAAAGCACUUUGAUUCUUGAGACAUGUAGGACACUGAAUUACCACUGUAUAUGAAAUAUAUAAAUAAACUUGCCUUGCCAUGAGUUUACUAAUAUAGUUUCCUUAAAUAUAGUGAAUAAUACAUCCACACAGAGACAUUUAAUAACUCAUUCUAUAACUGCUGCUAUAUUUUAUUUACUUGUUUAUUUUCAAAUAGUUGCUUAUUUAUUUCUGGAAAGUGUCUGGUGACAUUAGAGCGAUUUAAAAACCUUCUUCCAGUCCAGCAGCAGCGAGUCGGUGAAGGACGAUGGCAUCUGGUGAGCAGGAUUGUGACACAGCUCAGACGAGCAGCACUGGAGUCAGUGUUAAUGUGAACGCUGGGACGGGAGGAACUUUAAAUGUUCCUGUAUUCGCUGGAAACACCUUCACAGCUCCACUGACCAUCAGCUACAGCACUGCAGGACACGAGCCACAAAAAAUCUCAGAGACGGCAGAGAAACACACCGAAAAACAAGGGUCAUCCUCACAGGCAGACCAUCAAAAACCGGUACCUGAUGACAUCAUCAGGUGGAACCGAUCCUCUGUAAAAUACAGAAGUAAAAUAGAGGCGCUCCGGAAAGAUCCCUCCAGGAAGAAGGUUGGAAAUAUCCAUUUCUCUAAAAGUAAUAACUACCAGAUUGGCUCCGGAGGAAGUAGCACGGUAUAUCUUGGCCUGAAGGAAGAUGGCACUGAAGUGGCCAUUAAACGAAUAAUCAAGGACCAACAGGAAACCAAACACUUUGAAAAUGAACUAAAGCUUCUACAGGAUUCAAGUCUUGAGAGCAAGAACAUCGUCAAGUAUGUGGACUUAGCAGAGGAUGAAGACUUUUAUUAUCUUGCACUACAGCUUUGUGAAUAUGAUCUGGAGGAUUACAUGAAAAUUCUUCGUCAGAAACAACAAAAAGACAAAGACACCGCUUUGAGGAAAAUAGUGGAGGAGAUUCUUCAUGGCCUUCAAGUUCUUCACCGUGCUGAAGUGAUGCAUCGUGAUAUAAAGCCUGGAAAUGUUUUGAUGGAUUCAGGAGAAAACGCGAGGCUGGCCGACUUCGGCUUGAGUCGCACACUGAAGGACGGCAGAAGCACGCUGCACACUGCUAGAGCUGGCACUCGUGGCUGGGAAGCAACCGAGAUCCUGAAUCAACACACAGGUUACAAGAAGAGCUCAGACAUCCAGGUUGCUGGGAUGUUGGUGUUCUACAUCCUCUCUGACGGGAAACAUCCCUUUGGGGACGUGAAGGAUCGUGAGGAGAACAUCAAGACAGGGCAGUACGUUCUUCAAGAUUUGCAGGAUACAGUAGCAGAGGAUCUCGUAGCUUGGAUGAUCAAUAAAGAACCGGCAGAAAGACUGACCAUUGAUGAGGUCCUAGGUCACCCUUACUUCUGGGAUGAUGACCGGCAAGAUGCAGUCCUUAGAAAGCUGGGUGAUAGGCCUGAAAUUCAGAAAUACGAGACUUUAGCUAAAUUUCAUGACCUGUACAUGAAAGAUAAGGAGCACACAGAGGGAAGAGAGCCGACAGCAACGCUGACCAUUUACGAGGCCUUCGAUGUACUUAAAAUUGAGAAUGAGAAGAAGAGAAAGGACAUUAUUGCUAUAGUGGGUGAGGAUUUAAAUGACCUUUGGAAGCUCUUCAACACUGCGGAGGACGUCACAAAGGGAAAAAGUUUUUUUGAUUGGCAAUCAAAGCUUUCAGGUAUAUGGCCAGAUGUUAACAAUAAGCUUCUGGGGGACGUUCUUGGCCUGCUGCGUUUUUUGCGCAACAAACUAGUGCAUACAGAAGACUUUAAAGAAAAGAAGAUAUUUGUUCUCUUCCCAGACUUCUUUAUCAGUAUACACAGAGUGGCUAAAGACUUGAACUGGGAAUACUGAAAAUGCAGAGAGGACACACUAUAUGUAUUCAUUCUAGCAGCAAGCCAAACUGUUUUGAACUUUUGACAUUUUCAAAUGGUCCUGAUAUCAUUGUGAUUGGAGGUUAUCGUCCACCGUCACUUCACUUACCGAUCUUCUUCACAACUGGACCAACUCAGAGCUGAUUUUACUUGGGGAUUUAAACUGGGACUGGACAUCAAAACAUCUGAUCCAUUCAAGGAUAUUUAUGAAUUAUUUGGAUGGGAUCAUGUAUACUCACAGAUAUCAAGAUUCAGCGUAUGAACCUCAACAAUGGUGACAGGCAACAAAAUAUUCAGAUCAACUCUGAACAUCACAAAACAAGCUUUUCGUUAACUGUUGACUUUCAGUGUUGGACUAUGGUGAUGUGGUUUAUAUUGUAGGAUCAGAACGAGUCAGACAAAUUAAGAUUCGAUCAGAACAUUGAAACCUGAGGAGCUGAAAUUCCAGAGAAGCCCAACAGGACGUCAUAAAUCAGAUUCCUAGCCCCAGCUAUCCUGAAGAAAGCCUAACCAGCAAGUCUCUUUUACAAAACAGCUUGCAACAUUGAGACAAAAGAACACUUAUUGAUAAUUCCAAUUCAGGAAGGAGACAGUCAAAUUAUGGGCAAGUAACCAAGACUGAUGGUCAAAGAGAUGGCCAUCACAUUUGUCCCACGAUAGAAAUCACGAGCUUCCUUAGAUUGACUCUUCCUUAGAAGUGAACAUCGACGGGAACCUGAGGGAGCACAGGAGGCACAGCAGCACCGCGAACACGGCCGUCAUCGCGGACAAACGCAUGUUUAGCGCAUGGAUGAUG